UCUCAACUUUUUUACCUCUUUCUUUACUCUGGGGCUGCCAAUCCCUAUCCCUAUCCUAUCCUUUCCCUCACCCUACCUUACCUACCCUCUCUAGGCUGUCCUAUUCUAGGUGCUCUAAUCCUACCUGAGGAUAUCAAUCCUUUUCUUCUUUCACAGUCUGUGUCCCACUUGCACUUACACUUACACCUGGGUCUUGCUUCCAUGCUUUGACCUUAGUUGGACUGAUUUUCCUUCACCCAAACCAAACCAAAAAAUCCACAUCCCACAUCCACAUCCACUUUCACUUGCACAUCCACAUCCAUCCUCCUUCUUAUUUGAACCUUUCCCACUGCCGUCACCGCAAAACUCCCCUCCUUCUGACCUUUCUCGUUCCCGUUAGAUGGCCACUCUGUCGCAACACCAAAGGCCCACGGUUCACUCUGCCUCUCCUUCUGAUACACCACUCGCACUAGACCACGACCAGGACCAGGAUACAACCACGAACACACCACGCUCUUCUAUUUCGGAUCGUUCGCCUCUUCCUACACCUCUGCCUCUUCCACUACCACCAGCACACAUUAACACCUCCGCUACCUCCGGUAAUUCUUUAACCUCAACUUCAACUUCAAAUACAAACCAGCCGGCCUACGUCCCUUAUCAUCCGCAGCAUAGCCAUCAUCGCCAUACGGCUUCCUCAGUUUCGAGAUUGAACAACCGUUCUUCGACUAGCCUCUUUGCCCUGGCCGCUUCAGCUUUUGAUCGCACACAAAACGCCAUUGCUGCUAUUUCAGAGCCAGCUAUUCGACCUCGACAGUCUUCUGGUGCUCUUUCAAGACUCUCUUUGCUCACGAGCUCCUCGCCCUCGUCGGAACCCUCUAGUCCGGACAAGUACCACCGUCUACGAAGUUCCUCAAACCAAUCGCUUUCCUCGGGUGCAUAUCUGGACAGCAAGGUCGCUCCCCAGACUCUGCAGGCGAACAACCCGCCGUCCCAGCCUUACACGUCCACAGACCCGAACCUCCCGCCCCCCAUCAAGUCCUCCACAGCAAACAAGAUGCAUCAGACAUCCUCGCGCUUGUUGCGCAUGACGGACGAUGACCGUCCAUUCACAAAGGAUUUCAAGGAUCUCUUCUCAACUCUUGUUGUCAGUUUGCUGCCGCUCUCAGCCCACCGUGUCCGAUUGACCAAGGUUGAGUACACUUUUCUGUCCGAGGAUGCCAUCAACAACCUGGGCUCCCUAAAGUUCUCUCAAUCCAACCGUAUGCCAGACCCCAAGGAUCCUUCUCGUAUCGUCACAACCACCACAACCACAACCUUCUCCAUGGCUAAGGACAUGGCCCGUUCUAUCUGUCAACGAUUUCUGGAGGCUCGCUUUAUCGAAUCGGCAGACGGCAAAUAUCAGCAGGUUUACACGAUGAAGGGCUCUGUUUGGCAAUUAACUCCCAAGGGUAUCACUGUUCUGGAUAGAUUCUGCGCUAGGAACGGCAUUCAACAGAAGCAAGUGUCGGAAUUGGCUAACCUCGCCUCCACCCAGUUGGUGCUGUUGGAGCGAGACCCACAGACUGAUAAGCUUCUUCACGACCAAGGAACAAUCGAGGUCAUCUUCCGCCGCUUUGCUGGCUCCGAGGGCCGCAACAUCAAGACUACCGUUAACGCCGCCGAUUCGGACUCGCUGCAUGACUACCGAGAUGGCCUUACUGGAGUGAAGAUGGCUGCCGAGCGCAAGGUGAAUGGGAAGACAUAUCGUGACACCUUCACUGGUAAGGCUGCCACUGACUGGCUCAUGGACUGCUCAACCAUCGUGGACAAGCGAGAGACUGUUGAGGUGGCAACUCUAUUCGUUGAGUACGAAUUAAUGGAGCCCGUGGCCCAGGACCGUGCUUAUAUGUCGCAAAACCCUGGAUGCAACCUGUUCCAACCCACCAAAUACGCCAUUUACCAGCUGUCGCAACGCGGUAAGGAUCUUGUUAGUGGUGCUGCCUCUCGGGGCCGACCUUCGGAGAGCGAAGGCGGCACCGCAUCUCAGCGAAACGGCAUCACUAGGGACUCCAACACCCAGCGACUGGAUAAGAUUCUCAACGACCCCGCGCUACGUCUCCUCUUCCGGGAGCAACUGCGAGAUACUCACUGCGAAGAAAACUUGUCCUUCUACCAAGAUGUUGACGAGUUUGUGCGUAGCUGCAAGGCUGCCACAAGAGCAGCUCAAAAGUCGCCCAACACUAAUGCCAUGGACGGAAUCAAGGAGAUUAUGGCCUCGGCAUAUGGUAUCUACAACGCUUUCCUGGCCCCAGGAUCGCCUUGCGAACUCAACAUUGACCACCAACUGCGCAACAACCUGGCAACUCGCAUGACCAAGGCUGUUGGACAGGAUGUGGCUAUGAUUGACACGCUGCAAGAGGUGACGUCGCUGUUUGAGGACGCUCAAAACGCAGUGUUCAAGCUGAUGGCUAGUGUAAGUUUUGACUAAAACCCGCCCCUCCAGCCUCCAAUUCCGUUCUCGGACAUGCCGAUCAGAGCGAUGAUGUGCAGGAUAACAGAUGCUAACAAGAAAAAAUAGGACUCGGUACCAAAAUUCCUUCGCAGCCCCAAGUACGAGCAGCAAUUGCGAAACUACGAGUUUGACGUGGUCGGCCGAGGACCUGAGCGAAGCCAAAGCAGAUCAAACCGAAAGUGAUGAUCUCCAAGGGAUCUGACCUCAGACUGCACUAGGAAGGGCUGGCACUUGGCUAAUGGCUAGCUACUGGCUAGGCUUGAAAGGAAAGGAAAUGAAAGCCUAAUCCAGAAGCGAGCCGCCAUGACCAGAAAAAGACGCCUUCCUCGCAACGCUUGAGUGCAGUACCUACAGUGACGUGAGCAAGCAUUCACAUCCAUCAUCUGCCUCAUUUUUAAACGAACGAGUCAUUUGCAUAGAGACGUUUGACAGAUUUGGCUACCCGAGCGUUUGCCACCAUCAAAACGAUACCACCUAGAGCCAUACCUUCCAAGCAUUAUCGGUGUUAUUUGGGUUUUCCGAGCUAUUUUAUUUUUUUGCCUUUUGUUGUAUUUUAUUUGUCGCCUCGGCUUCCUUGUUCCAAGGCUAGCGCUAUGGGGUCAUGGCUAUACUAUGCUAUGCCAAAGUCUCCGCCUCCCGGCCCGGCUCUACCUUUCCGACAACGGUCUCUUAUUUAAGUUCGGAUGCCUCCGAUCUUACUCGGCCGGUUCCUAGUUUCGGUCCCUAUUUUGCUCAUCGAUUAUGGACCUCGAUGAAAAAAAUUUCUUUUACGGGACUAGAUCGCGUUCGGGUCGGCCGCCGAUAUAUGGUCGGGAGAUAUGAGGUCUCGGCAUCGCCAAGCGAGGCAUGGGAGCAUAUGGUAGAAGUGAUAUUACAGCCAUGUGAUGUCUAUCGCCUACCUACCUAUGUCGAGUACUUGGUUGAAUCGAGAAGCGCUGCAUUGGGUUUCGAAGACUGAGUUUCCGAAUCAUGACUAUGGAUAUAUGAUGGACUUGAGUGUGCGAUCGAUCGAUUGAUUUGUACAGCGCGAAGAAUGGUUUUUGUUUUUCGACGACCAAAACUCACGGCAUCUAUGUUCUUGUUAGCUUUGUUGUUUGUGUUCUUCUCUUCUCUUUCUUUCUACCUCUGGGAGGGGAGGGUCCUAUUUCUUCUCUACCUCUCUCUCUCUCACUUUGUCUCUACUCAUUUAUCAUGCUACGAACGGGGCCACGUCGAGGAACCGAAAGUAAUGCAUUGCAUUGGAAGGAGUCGGGUACAUUUUACCAAACAUUACACGGCGGGCCAGCGCUGAAAGACAAUUGUACAUAGAAAAAAAGAAAUCUGAGCAGUCUCUCCGAUGGAUUUUGUCCGGAGGAAUAAAGAUCAAGAGAUGAAUCGAGUCAAGCAUGAUCUGAAUAUCUCGUGAAUCAUGAGUUUGUGCUUGUAACUGGUAUGGAUAGUGAAGAGUUUGUAUAAUAGACCACAAUAGAGAGAUCGGCUAAAGAACUUGAGGAAUGUGUAGCCAUAAUUCAGAUACACCAAAGAAUGUUGUGUCUGUUUCUGAUAAGAAUUGC